AUGGCGGCGGAACUGUAUAGUAGAUGGUGGCGUGACCUAACCCGGGAAAGUACGCAGAACAGGUUGCGGGGUCGUGCUGCUACAAGGUACCAGAUUUGUCCUUCUGGGAGGGAGUUUGAGGCUGGGGUGUUUCAGGAGUGCUGCCAGCUGAUGAGGCAGCAGAAGACCAGGACCACCCCACUGAGGCCCCAGUCAGAUGGCCUGGUUGAGAGGUUUAACUGGACCUUCCUUGAUGAGUUAGCCAAGUUCACCGAGAUGCAGGAUGAGUGGGACCAACAUCUCUCCACUCUGCUGAUGGCAUACAGAUCAGUGGAGCAUAAAGCCACUGGAUAUACUCCUGCUCGGAUGAUGUUUGGAAAGGAGAUCCGCCUUCCUAUGGAUGUGGCAACAAGACGGCCCCUGAAGGAAGAGCUACCCACUAUCAGCACAGAGUAUGCAGUAGCUCUGCAGUGGAGAAUGGAGGCUUUGCACCAAUAUGCCCAGGACCCUUUGAAGCUGGCAGGGGAGUCCAUGCGACGACACUACAAUCGUGACGUUCAAGGCAGGUGA